CCAAACCGCCCGUUUGGCCGGCUCUACUGGUAACAAAGCGAAAAUGGAGAAACAGAUAAAUAGUAUGAAAAGGAAACGGCGAAAGAAGGGGGCGCCGUCGUCACUUUCCGUUCACGUUGCCGGUAAAAAUCUGUUCGGUGUAAUGUUAGCAUCUCUUUGUAAUCAUCAACGUGAUUCGUCUGAGUCUACCCCGAUUCUCACUCACUGCUUGAAUCGUCUAUCUGUCACUCUAAUCUCAGAAUCCCCUAAUCCUUUUAUCUCGCUGUGCCCGCUUUUACUCCGUUCCAAGAGUGAUGAAAUAGUAAUAAGUAGCUUGGAGAUAAUAGGUGCAGCAUGUCUGUAUUCACUGGAGCUGAAUGAGAAAUUCGCUAUAGAUGACGAAGUAAUUAAGGGCUUGAUAAACGUGGUAGGAAAUUCCAAGAGGAAAAAGGUUGUAGCAUUGGCUGGCUGUAAUGCUACUCUUGAUUUGUCCUCUACUUCUAUUGCUAGACGCCGCCUUCUUCAAUUCUCCGCGCUUGAAUGUUUCACUUCUCAGUUCAAUCAGGUCCCUAAGUGUUCUGGAGUUCAGUUGCGCCUAUACAAAGAAGAAAAGGGCAGUUCUAGCUGUGUUAGAAUUGGAUUUAAGGAAGAUAAGUAUCUGAUAUUGCUUCUUCAUACUAUAGUUGCCCUCCUAAAUACUUGUACAGCUGAGCAGCUGGAGAGAAUCCCGAAGAACAUUUCUAAAAUUUUAGUUGUUUAUUUGAAAAGUCUAUGGGUUGAAAUACAAAAACAGAUGUUACUUGGCAGCAUUCUAAAGUCCAGGCUGACGAGAGAGUUCUGUUUGAGCAAGAUUACUCCAAAUAAUCUGGCGGAAAGUAUUUUCAGACUCUCUGUAAAUGAUCAGCAUUGGGUCACAGCUGCCAACCAUGAGAAGGUUAUAGGAGGGAUCUUUGAUUUAGGCGAGACCAGUUUUGAAUGUUUUAUGCUGAAUAACUGGGAGGCAUCACCUUUGCAUAUGAGGGGGCAUUUGAAAUCAGUAAGUAACAUUUUCAGUUCUUUUAUUGAAAUUGUAAGGCCUGAAUAUGGAUUUCCUACAUUUCUUUCUCCAGUGCUUCAAAAAUGUGUUUCAACUCUUCCUAUCUAUUCAGAUGAACUAGACAUUCUAACUUUCUUAGAGAAUGUCAAAGAUUAUUUGGGCUGUCCCAUAAUUUACCAACAAGACAUCAGGGUAUUGAAAACAGACAGCGGCAGAGAGACUCAUUUUUUCUCGGGGCAUUUAGACUCUUGCUUCCCCCAGGCACCUCAUGUUCUGUAUUUCAACGAUAUUUUGAGAUGUGAGGCAGCAUUCAAGGAGGGUUAUUCAAUUGCUAUGCGUGGCAUGGAGUUCCGUUUUAAGAGUAUUGCUGCUGUUGCAGAUGAUUUAGCAUCUUUUUUUGGUCAGCCAUCAGUGGGUGUGAAUAUGUAUCUUACACCACCUGAUUCCCAGGGACUGGCUUGUCACUAUGAUGACCACUGUGUGUUUGUCUGCCAACUUAUUGGAACAAAAAACUGGAAGAUAUUUCAUCGUCCAAGUCUUCAGUUACCUCGCCUGUAUGAGCCUAUUAAUAAGUUAGAGAAUGAAGAGAUGACGACGGAUAGGUUCAAUCAAGUUUUGCUGAAAGAAGGUGAUGUUCUGUAUAUUCCCAGAGGAGUCCCUCAUGAGGCAUGUACAGUUAACGAAGAUGAGUCUGAUGGAAAUGCAGGUUUUUCCUUGCAUCUAACGCUUGCUAUUGAAGUUGAGCCUCCAUUUGAGUGGGAAGGAUUCAUUCAUGUUGCACUCUAUCAUUGGGGUCAAACUCAGUACCUCUGCAGCUAUACAUCCGCUGAUGCAUUAUCCUUAGAUCUGAGUGUGCUAGCUGUAAAUCUAAUGCAUAUCGUAAUCAAGACAGUUGCUGCCACAAAUGCUACCUAUAGAAAGGCUUGUUUAGUUGGUGCAAAUUUGUCGUCUUCAGUCAGUGAAGGUGGGCUUGAUGUGAAUCACAAAACUACUUUCAGGCAUUUGCUCGAUACAGUCAAUAAAGAGUCUAGGUUUACAGAUGCAAUAAGUAGGGUUGAAGCGGCUGUGCAGAAUCACGAAGAUCCCUUACUCGACAUUAGAUGGCUACAGCAUCUCAGCAGCGAAGGGGAAAUGGUUGAAGGAUCAAAAUGGAACAGCCCUUUCAUAGAGACUGGGGCCUAUUCCUACCUAGUAGGUCAGCAUAUAGACAAGGCGGAAUCUGUAUUCACACAUGCUAGCUCUAAAUUCAGUAGUGAAGUAAUAUUUGAGAAUGUAGAACAUAGCUAUAAGAUGCUGCUUGAGAAGUACAAGCGUGCAAGAAACCAGUACAGGGAUGGGAUGCUUUCGCUGCAUUGUAAUUGACAGUUCAUACAGGCUAACCUUAAUUUAUAAUUUUGACUUACAUGAUCAAAUUACUUUUCAAGUCGGUAUGGUGCCUUUGUUUGCAGGCAAGGAAGGGGAGACAUAGUAUUAUGCUGAUCACAUGCAAUAACCACACAAACCGAAAAGGACGGUUGGCAAUUAUAGGUAUAGCUUAAAUUUCCAAGUUAAAUUCCUGUAAGCUCAUAUAGAGAUCACCACUCAUCCAGUAAACCUGGCAGGUACGUUUUGCAUCAGGUAACUUGAAAUUUUGAUGUUUCAACUUUUUAUUUCAACUCCAAUCACGUUCAACAGUAGAACUGAAACUGGAGUGGUUUAAAAUAUUAUCAUCGACAUCUUAUCCACAAUCAAACAUAAUACUUGUAAUGAUGCUGUUGUAUUGAUAGAGUUUCUAUAUCGACAAUUUGACAUAUAUGUAACAGUUUUUGAAUGAUAUCAAAGCCAUUUCACAUGUAGUAAUUGCUCUUAUCUUGUCCACUAUUUGAUAGAGAGUUUCCUGCCCAUAUAAAAGCGGACAGAGUAAGAGUGGACUACUAUAGUAAUAUACCACCUAGAGCAUGGCCUGUAUAUAAUAGCCUAUGGUCUUGGAUGCUUUGGGGUUGGAUUUGGGUGAGUUGUUACCCCAUGAUAAUCAAUGUGGUAAACAAGCUCUCGCUCAUCGUCAACACUUGCAGACUCAUUUCGCAAGGAGUCAGGUUGGAUUGUAACUUUUGCUGUCUCUUUUGGAAGAACCUGCAUCGUGAUGCACAAUUAGACCUUGCUGAUCAAAUGGGAAACGAUACUCAGAAAAACAGAGGCGGCGUUAAAUAUUCAUACCUUUAUCUUGUGAUCUGCAUCUUGUUGCCUCGAGUGUAAUAUUCUGAGAUCUCUAAUGGGUCGACGUCCCAGGAGGUGAAACUGAGCAGAAGCAUCGUCAACAGCAUCAGCAUUCAUUUUUUGGAGACAAAUAGCAGCUGUGAGAAAACAGAAGAGAAGAGUGUGCCAAGAGCUCAUCAUUAUUAGAGCAAGAAGUUAGAGUAGAGUUAAAGAGGAUUUGUAAGCAGUGCAAGCACAAGAUACAGUCACUGUAUAUAUAGAGAGAUACAAUAAUUAAUCAGAGGUGGCCCUAUAGAAAGGUCCUGUCCAGGCCCAUGCUUAUGAUGCUUACCGGUUUGCCAGAAAUGAAAUGAUAAGCAAGAAUACCUGAAGGAUGAAGCAUCUGUUUUUCUGCUGUCUCUUGAACAUAUAAGCCUACUUGUGUUAUAUUAUGAGACUUUCGAAUUUCGUCAGUUAAAAAAUAUUCGUCUUGGAAUGAUACGGUUUCGCUUAUCUGCUUUGAACCCAAGUUGUAAAAUGCUAUGGACAUCAAGUAAAAUAAAUGUUGAUUUUAUUCUCUC